AUGGCGUCGCCAUAUCAGCCAUCUACAUCCUUCUCUACACCCGCUGGCUCCCAAAUGUCCGCGUCCAACAGAGCUGUGCAUGAUCUACCCCAGGAUCAGGUGGAUGCGAUCAUCAGAACGAAGCGCAAGGCACGCGAGCCGAAAGCUUGCUAUCCGUGCCAUGCGCGCAAAGUCAAAUGCGAUCGCAAUUUACCAUGCGACGGCUGUGUCAAGCGCGAUCACGCCGAUAUCUGUUCCUACGAACGACCUAUCAAGAAACGAGCUCCAGGGGUUCACGAAAGCCGAUCUGUCGAUCACUCCGGGGUUUACAGUUAUGACGAUGACCAGCUACAUCCGAAUGCCGAACCUUCUUCGAGUCGCCAAAAUGGUGCUAGCGCUGGUGGGCGUGUGUCUAUAGCUCGCGAUGAAUGGGACAACAUGCGGAACAGGCUGAGAGAAAUGGAGUCGACAAUCUCGAGUCUGCGGGUUGGUCUGGACCGCGUGGAGGAUGGCUAUCAGCCGCCGAUAGAGACCAGCAGCGUACAGAGUGGAGAUGCAAGCUCCCGGUCAAAGGGCGCAUCCCCUGAACUUGAGGGGAUCCACGCGGCAAAUACCCUCGGGAAAGGCACUGUGCACCUCGGAUCACGGUCUGUUCUGGCUUACAUCUUGAACAAUAAAUCUGGGUCAGACCAGCUCCAGGCGCUUUUGGAAGGCGGGAUACUCCCAAAACUGGGCCUUGAUAAUGAAUCUGCGACUUAUCCAUUUGUCGACCUAUGGUCGUCGGACAUGUCAACUUUUGACAUCAGUGCCGUCUGCAGUGCUCUUCCGACGGAUCAACAGUGCAGAGAGUUGUAUUACUACUACAGAGAUUAUGCGGGCGCUAUUUACCCGGUCCUCGAAGAUGUUCCUCAAUUUCAAAAUACUCUCGAGCUUCUCCUACAGACUCGAGCUUCAAUAGGAGGUGUCUAUCGCGCGGACACAGAUGAAGCUCAGAAGCCCUUUGGCGUCAGCAUCGCAUAUUUGGGUUUACUGUUUGCCGUUCUUGCUUCUGGAUGCCAGUCAUCAGAUCUUUCAAGUAAAGAAAGAGAAUUGACAUCGCAGGUCUACGUGUGCUGCUCCUACCAAUGUCUGCGGAUGAACAAUUUCUUGUCUCAACCGAACAUUGAAGCUAUCCAAACUCUCUUGGUGAUUGGAAACGUUUUAUCGUACAACAUGAACCCUGGAAUCUCAUAUGUUCUGCUUGGCAUGACACUUCGGAUGGGAUUGGCCCUUGGUUUGCAUGUUGAUUCGACCAGAUUCUCGUCUGCGGAGCGAUAUCGUCGACGACACGUUUGGUGGUCUAUGGCGUGGCAAGACAGCCAUUUCUCGCUUUCCUAUGAUCGACCCUCGACCACAGCCGUUAGCCAGCCCGCCAUAGCGUAUCGGGAAGGAUCCAAGCCAGGCGAAUAUUUGUAUUUCGAAUCUCUUUGCCGGGUUAUUUCCUUGGCGCUGGAGGUUGUUCGGAUCCGAAUGCUUAGUCCGCAUGCGCAGAUAAGCUUCGAAAGCAUCCAAGGCUACAAGGAAAGAAUCCAGAAGAUUAUUCUCGAAGCAAAACCCUAUUUGCGCGACAGUCAAUAUUGCGCCACGGUCACUCAACAUCUCGAGCGUGUUGUGCUUAAACUUCACUCGUCAUACUUUGCAUCUGAGCUCUGCCGACCUGCGCUCAAGCCGACAGCCGAUGUCAAUGACCGACACACCGCUAGCAUGCGUGGAGACUGCAUUUACAACUUGAUGGCCACUGUUGAGGCGUACAUUGAAAUGCAUAACAUCAGCACUCAUGCCGCACGUUCCUGGAUUACCUUACAACGAGCCAUCAGUUCCGCCUUCCUACUGGCUGUCAUCGAGGAGGCCAAAUCAGACCCUAAAGUUUGGACCCUAUUGCGGCAGUUAGAGGUCAUAAUCGCUGAACGGGCCAGUAUUGAACGCGUUUAUGAUACAGGACAUGUCGCCGCAAAUGCCGCUACACUGGGAUCUCCGUCUCGCGGCCCCGGCACCUAUGACCCGAUUACAGGUGCCACAAACCCACCAGCCUUCAUUAACCCCGUCAUAGAUCCAACUUCUCUCGCCGCCGUCCCUGGCUCAGAUACUCAAACGCAGUGGGCCAAAUCACUGGCAAAGACACAUCGUGCUCUCCAAAAGCUCCUCAAUGCGGUGGGCAAUCCGGCUAUCCGAUCUGGCAGCGGUCCCACCGGUACAGAUGCCUUUCCCAACCAGUCGAACACCUACCAAAGUACCCCUUUUGCUCCUCCCCCGUCAGCUGGAAUGACACCUUCUGUCAGUUCUCUGCCGCCUCCCACGCCAGAAAGUACUACUAGCGGGGAAUGGACCAUGCCGAAUCUACUCGAUCGAGCAGCAGAGUACAUUCAUCCCCCGCUGUGGAGUUGA